AUGGCUAUUCUUACACUUGAUAUAACACACAAGUGGGAGCUACAUCAUGUUGACAUUAACAUUGUCUUUUUUAAUGGCACUUUGCAAGAGGAGGUUUACAUGGUGCAACUUUCCGACUUCAUUAGUUCUAAUAAGACUAUUGUCUACAAGUUACACAAAACACUAUAUCGCGUCAAACAACCACCAAGAAAAUGGUAUGAAAAGCUUCACAAACUCUAUUUCACUUUGAUUUUUGUUCAGCACCAAUGCAAUGUUCUACAUGCUCGCACAGAGCAUAUUGAAUUGGAUAUUCGUUUUGUCAGAGAACGAGUGUCCUUCAAGAAAUUGGUCAUCCAACAUGUUCCAGAUUGUCUCCAAAUUGCUGACACUCUUACUAAACAUUUUGGAUCUGCAACUUUUCGAGAUUUACGGGUCAAGCUAAAAGUUGGCUUGCAGCCACCUGAUGCUUGA